ACAGCACCAUAGAAUUUGGAAUCAAGCUUUACCUUAAGAACCAACUUAGAACCCUUUAUUUACAUAUAUUUUGGUAAGUUAUGGCAAGAAACAUGGUUUGUGGUGUUACAGAAGAUGAUGGAUGGAGGAAGGGACCUUGGACUGCUGAGGAGGACAGAUUACUCAUUGAAUAUGUCACACUGCAUGGUGAAGGCAGAUGGAACUCUGUUGCUAGGCUUACAGGACUGAAAAGGAAUGGGAAGAGCUGCAGGUUAAGAUGGGUGAAUUACCUGAGACCAGACCUCAAGAAGGGUCACAUAACACCACAGGAAGAAAGCGUCAUUCUAGAGCUGCAUGCCAGGUGGGGAAACAGGUGGUCAACAAUUGCAAGAAACUUGCCAGGAAGAACUGACAAUGAGAUCAAGAAUUAUUGGAGGACCCAUUUCAAGAAAAGGCCGAAAAAUCCCUCUAAUGCUGCGGAAAAGGCAAAAACUCGUCCCUUGAUGAGGCAGCAAUAUCGACUGCAACGACAGAACUUGAAGCAACAGCAAGUUCAGCAGCAACAACAACUUCAAUUCAACUUGGACAUGAAAGGGAUCAUAAACUUGCUUGAAAAAAAUGACCCUUAUAUACCUCAAGAGACACAAGAGAUGGUCAACAUGUACCCAAGCACACCAGAACAGCGUGGCUAUUUAGACUCUAUGCUGAAUGGUAAUUUCUCUGCACAAGAGUCCUCAGAUGAAGAAAUUUUGUGGGAUGGGCUAUGGAACUUGGAUGAUGUUCUUGGCAAUUCAAUGCAGCUAGUGCUAUAAGAGUCUUCAGUUUGUAGCAUUUAAUUAGUAGCUCCCUUCUGUUAAACUUCUUGUUUAGUCACAAAUUCUGUUAGGAAUAGUGCUACUAAUUUGAGACACUGCUUGAUAAGGCUCCAAAAUCUAGGAACUUGAGAGUUGAGAUAUAUUGUACCAUAAAGGUGGACUCAGGGUAGUAAGUGAUCUGAAGGCUAGUAUUGUGUAAACCUUCAAUGAAGUUUCUCCACUUUGCUCUUUUUUCUUGACA